CCCAAGAAACGAAACCGCGUGGGCCCGCGCAACAUGGUCGUGGGGGUCACUGCAGAUCUGCAGGGGCACGCCAGCCUCCUCCCACUCCCUGGAGCCAUGGAGUGUCCGUCAUGCCGGCAUGUCUCCAGAGAGGAAGCCCCCAAGUUCUGCAGCGAGUGUGGACAGAAGAUACCCCCUGGGGCACGCACACCAGAUUCUGGGAGCAAUUCCCGGGUGACAUCGGUCCCCGAGGGAGAAAUGGAGUGUGGACUGGAGCUGAAGGAGGAAGGCGGCCCCCAGGUGACAUCGGUCCCCGAGGGAGAAAUGGAGUGUGGACUGGAGCUGAAGGAGGAAGGCGGCUCCAUCUUGCCCCCAGGCUCACGUGAUGGGCAGGACGACCCUGCUGAGCUCUGUUCAGACAAUGCCUCCUGGUCCACCUACAAGGGAGUUGCUUCAGAGGUUUUUGUAGACGCGGUCGCCGGCACAUCUGCUGAGCUGGAGGCUGCUAAUCACCCUCCCAGCAAAAGAAGAAAAGAGGACGCAAGCACGGUUGAGGUGGCUGAAUUGCCCUCUGCAGACCCCGAGCAGAAAAAGAAGAAAAAGAAAAAGAAGAGGAAUGCUUCUACUUCUGAAGGACUAGACUCCUUGAUCCCGUCCCCCUCCGUUUCCUGUAGUCUGAAUUCGCUCAGAAGCCCUGGGCUGCAGGACCCAGCCCUGCCCCACAGCCCAGCCCAGCAGGGUGGUCCGCCCAGCCAGCCCCCAGGCUCGGACAUGACACCCUGCGGUGGCCGCAGAGGGUCUCUGCAGGGCCACACUGCAGGAGGGGCAGAAGCAGCCACGGGAGGCAGCCCAGCACCCCAGGAUCAGACUCCUGGAGCUACCCUCCCGGAAGGGAAGGACCACGACACCCUCGACCCCUCCCAGGGCAGUAGCCUCUGCCAGGAGGGGGCUGGCCCAGCUGCCUCUGCCAGUGACCGGGGUCCUGGGAAGAAAGACACUGCCCAGGCAUCCCUGCUGCCUGGCUCAAACGGGGACCACUCUGAGACCAGCAAUGCGCUGCAGCCCAUGGCCCCCACCUCUGCGGCAAUUGAUGCUGCGGGUGAGCCAGCUCCUCCAGGGAAAGGGGCUGACAAAGAAGGUAAAAAUAAGACUCAGAAAUCAAAACCGUCGCCAGUGAGUGCUCCAGAGCACCAGCAGGAAAAUGAAACCAAGGAUAAGACAGCCGUUACUGGAGAGAAAUCCAAGCCAAAAGACCCGAAGAAGCCAGAAGGGAGUAACAGAAGUGACGUGGCUGCUGUGAAAAAUCAGAAGGACCAAAGAAACCAGAAAGCUGACGCACAUGAAGUUAAGGAGAGCCCCCUGAGCCCCGGGGAAGGAAUUACGGUGUACUUCCAUGCAGUCAUUUCCAAAGAUUUUAAAUUCGACCCUGAGCACGACAAGAUGUUUGUCAGGGGGGGAAGAGCACUCGGGGAGCCCGAGUGGAAGCAUAAUGUUUGCGAGCUGCACUGCACCAAGGACUUAGGUCCCCACGGGUCCCUUGUGGAAGGCAGCGCCGUCCUUCGCAGAGAUCUCGUGGAUAAGCACAUCCCGUACAAGUAUGUGGUCCAGCGUCGCAAGGACUCUUUGGAGUACGAGUUCAUCUACAAACGUCAACAUAAAGAUCACGUCAACCGUUGUCUGCACAUCAGAGCCUCACUGCUGAGCUCGGGAGACUGGCACCAGUAUGAUGACAUCAUUUGCAGGAAGUCCUCUUCAUACAUUCGGAAAUGGGUGGAUCAUUUCACGGAUCAGACAAGGAAGGACGUGGUGAAAGGGAAGCAGAUCGCUGCCACCGUCAUGAUGGACAGCAUGUUCAGCAUCCUGCGGACCUGGGAUGCCAUCAAUUUGAAGAACUUCUUUGCCCAGUUCCAACAAUUUUAUGCUGUCGUUCGCGUGCCCAUGGUCUAUGAAGGAGAGGCUCACCCCUGGAACGAGCUGCAGUACACGGAGAAGGAGGUGAGAAAAGACCUGUGGGAUUAUUUGAAAAAUCAAAUGACACCAUUUCUGGAAAGAAGUGAGGAACCUCUGCCUGAAGACUUCCCCGUGAAGAGUAAAUUGAGAAUGGGUCUAAUUAUGCUUCAGUUGGUGGAAAGAGUUGAGUUUUCCUUAUCAAACUCGGACGUGUCCAUGUUGUGCAACCUCCUUUGCUCCAAUGCCAGUUCAGCAGACGAGUUUCACAGCGAUGUCAGCCAAAUCCUCGGAACAUUUCAGAGCUGGCGAGCGUGCUUGGUAAACCUGUGCCUAAAAGGCAUUGCUGCAAAAGUCGACCUCUGGGUGGGUGUCCUGCCUGUGCUGCACCACUGCAUGGAUCUGUCCCCUCGCGGAAAGGACUCCAGGACCCAGCCUGAGGACACCUGGGCAGCCCUCGAAGGAAUCUCUUUCUCGGAGUUUCGGGAACAAAGACUAGAGAAUAAACCAUUGCUUCUGCUGAUGGGAAGGAACAAGCAUUUGCUGGACGUGGACGAGCACCUGUUCUGCUCCUGGUUCAGCCUGCUCCCUCUGACAGACCUGGUUCAUUAUAUGGAAAACUUCUGCGACUACUUAACUCGCUUUCCCACUCGUGUCCUGGACUGUCUUAGAGGGACUUUCUACCGGCUUCAGGGACUUAAGGAGAUCGCCUACAGAAAUCUGGAGGAUAUUGAGAAGACUUUGAAAAUGCUGUUGCACCUUCUGGAUAUUUUCCACGACAAGAUUCUCCAGGAGCCCUUGGUACAGUCCUACUUAACUGUGUGCCUGCAACUUCACACAACUGUCUGCACACUCACAAAAGACCACAUGUUUUAUGAGAUGCCUGCCUUGUCGGCUGAGACUGUUUGCAACAUUAUCACACUUAUAUCCCUAGUGGAUUCAGCAAAAGAACAGGGAAAUAAAACUGGGACGAAUUCAGUGGGGUCCGUAUUCCAGGAGACUCUCGACAACACAAGAAAGUGGCUUCAGGGAGUUUUUAAGAGAAGCAUUUUCCAGAGUACACCUGCCUCCCCUGUAAAGUUCACGUACAACCAGGAGAUCCAGAUCUGGAAGCGGCUGGUGGAAAUAAACUUCCCUACGGAGCUCGGCUGGAAGGAGUCUCUGCUGGGGGACCUGGAAGGAAGGCUGAAACAGGAGAGAGCCCGCUCCCAGAUCUCUGCCUUCUGUAACAUUAACUGGGAAGCUGCCGGCUCAGACGACAGCGUCUCCAGGUGCUUUGAGAAAUGUGCCAUUGAAGCUGUCAGCUCAGCUUGCCAGUCUCAGAUCAGUAUCCUGGAGGGACUGUCUUACAGUGACCUGUGGCGCUUUGGCAAGCUUGUAUCGGCUGUGAUCACCAAGUCCUGGCCCAGGCACAGUGGCCAACCUGUGGACGACCUGGGUGAAGUUCUGAAGCACCUGCUCACAUGGCCAGACAUCAAGCACCUGUUCCGGUUGUAUGGCACCAAUGAGAAAAUACUAGAGAACAUAACCGAGGAUGGCAAGAAUCUGAUGGCCAUUGCUGACUCUGUGUUCACAAAUGUGACUGGCGACCUCCGGAGGGGAACGAUUUUAGUGGAGCACCUGGAGCUGGUCGCGAAUCAUGUCAGGACAUUUCUUGACAUCUGGGAAUUAAAGAAAAAAUCUUUCAGCCCAGGAGGAAAAAACGAUUUGAAGAAAGUGCUGGAGUACAGACUGGAGGAACUAACAUUUCUAAAGAAACAGAAAAAAUAUGUUGACAGCCUCCUGAAGUUGUGUGAGGGGGUGAAACACCUGAUAGAAGUGGAUUUUGGAGAGAUCACUGAAAGACAUUUGGAAGACCUUGGCAGUAAAAGAUUAAAUGAAGCUGUGACAACGAGGUUGUCAGCUACCCUCUCAGACUUGAAGUGGACAACACAUUACAACCUGAGCCCUGAAGUCCAAGAAAUGGCCAAAAACAUGGACUUGCUAAAGGACAGCCACAUCUUCCGGAGCUUCUGGACAGAAGCCGCAGGAUCGCUGAGGAAACCAGAGGAGGAGGAGGAAGGGGAAGGGGAGAGGGAGCGGCAAAUUCUUGAGCUGCAAGAUGCGUAUGGGUAUCUGUAUCUUCCUUGUUUCCACAAGUUCAGCGAUCUGUACGAGAACCUGAAGUUAGGAGAGGUCACCUUUGCGGAAGUCGAUUCCAUCUUCAAAGUCUUUGAGAAUAAAUACGACUCCCUCACUGCGGACCUCCAGGUCAUGUGUGCCCUGGAUUCCAGGCACCCAAAGGAUUGGAUCAAGGAGCGAGUUGGGCAGAUCCAGGAAUACCAUCUCCUGCAUCAGGCUGUCCGCGCAGCUGAGGUCAUCUUGGAGGUCAAAAAGAAUUUGGGCCUGACCGGUGACUUCCAUGUUCUCCACACUUUAUUAAGAUUUACUGACAACUUUGAGAAAUUCCGUGGUGAAAAACUGAACCAGAUCAACCAGCAGCUCAUCUGCGCUAGGAAGCUGCUCCAGGACAUGGAUGAGACCCGGUACCAGUGUCUGAGGGAGCUGUCCCUGAGGAGCGAUUUCAUCAGCUGGGUCCGGGAGGCCCUGGGAGGCACCAACGAGCUGGCAGUGUUUGUGGACCUGGCCUCCAUCUCUGCGGGGGAGAAUGACAUCGAUGUGGACCGCGUGGCCUGCUUCCACGAUGCUGUGCAGGGCUACACUUCUCUGCUGUACAAGCUGCACAAGAGUGCAGGUUUCCCUGAGUUCAUGAACCAUCUGAAAGAGCUGUGGAAGGCUCUGGAGAACGACCCGCACCUGCCCAGUAAACUGCGUGAUUCUGCCAGGAACUUGGAGUGGCUGAAAACGGUGAAGGAGAGUCACGGGUCCGUGGAGCUCUCCUCACUGUCUCUGGCCACAGCCAUCAACAAAAGGGGCGUCUAUGUGAUCCAGGCACCCGUGGACGGCCAGAUUUCACCAGACACGGUUGUACGUUUAAUCCUCCCCGAGAGCCACGGAGGCCACGAGGAUGAGCGAAACUACUCCUUGGAGGAGCUGAAGGAGCUUUUGAACAAAUUGAUGCUCAUGUCUGGCAAGAAGGACCACAACAGCGUGGAGGUGGAGGUGUUCUCAGAGGUGUUCUGCAAUGUGCAGAGGCUCGUGCAGUCCUUCAUCAAUCUUCACUCUGCUGGCAACAUGCUGUUCCGGACCUGGACAGCCAAUGUGUACUGCUCCCCACAGAAGGGUGUCUCCAUCCGCAUGGACUUUGGCUUGGGGCUGCUGAGCCAGCUCACGGACAGCAUGCCAGUGGCCCAGCUGCUGGAGGCCCUGUGCAGGCAGAUGGAGGACUUCCUGGACCAAUGGCAGGAGUUUGUGGCCGAGAAGCGUGCUCAGCACUUUUACCUCAACUACUACACGGCCGAGCAGCUGGUUUACCUGAGCUCGCGGCUCGGGAGCCAGCUGCCCAGUGAUGGCGCCCUCACCAUGCUGUCCUUCAUCAAGCGGAACUGCACCCUUCAGGAUGUCGUGCAGGCCUGCAGGAGGCCCUUUGGCAGGGCCGCCGGGUACAAGGAGAGGACAGUGAUGGAGGAGUUGCCGCUGAUGCUUUUCUGUGAGUCCAGCCUGCUGGACAAGCUGAAGGUCAUCAUGAAACAGUCCAUGGUGUGCAUGAGUGCUUUCCUGCCUGAGUGCCUGGACCUGGACGCCCUCGGCCACUGUCUAGCUAACCUGGCCAGGGCAGCCGGACCUCCCGUGACACGGGAGCUUCCCAAAGGCCUGAAGGUCGGCCAGCCCAACCUCGUCCUCUGUGGCUCCUCAGAGGUGCUGCCGGCCGCCCUGGCCAUCUACCUGCAGUCCGCGGCACAGCCCCUGCCAACCUACGACGAGGUGCUGCUGUGCACCCCAGGAACGACGUUUGAGGAGGUGGCUCUGCUCCUGCGCCGCUGCCUGACCCCGGGAUCCCAGGGCCACAGGCUCUACAGCCUAUUGUACGCAGACCAGCUGAGCUACGAGGUGGCUUGCCGGGCGGAGGCGCUUUUCCGGAGCCUGUGCAUGCAGCGCCACUGUGAGAAGUACCAGCUCGUCAUGGUCUGUGACUGUGAGCGGGAGCACUGCUACCUGCCCUCGGCUUUCAGCCAGCACAAAGUCCCCUUCACGCCCCAGGCGCCCCUUGAGGCCGUGCAGGCCUACCUGGCGCACCAUUUCCAGGUCCCAAAGCAGACCCCGUCGGCCGCUGCUGUGUUCAGAGACCGGAUGUGUGUUGGGAUUGUGGCCUCGGCGAGAGCGGGUGUUGGAAAGUCUCUGUACGUGAAGAGAUUGCAUGAAACUCUCCAAAGGAAGGUCCCUGGGAAAAAAGUGCCUCUAAAAAUUAUUCGACUGAUCGACCCUCAGGUGGAUGAGAACCAAAUCCUGGUGUCCCUCCUGCCUUUCCUGGGCGCCACGUAUCAGGCAACACCCAUGAUAUUUCACUUUGACGUGACCUCUUCGGUGAAGACUGGAGUUUGGGUGUUUCUUUUCAAACUCCUCAUUCUACAGUACUUAAUGGAUGUAAACGGGAAGAUGUGGCUUCGGAACCCAUGCCAUUUAUAUGUCAUCGAAAUCCUGCAAAGGGAUUCACUACUGCCUAAGAGGGCUUCAAAACAAAGGACAAGUGCCCCCCAGUUCAGCUUUCUUGACAUCUUCCCAAAAGUCACCUGCAGGCCUCCGAAGCAAGUGAUGGACAUGCUGCUGAACCCUCAGGAGAACUGCAGAGAGCCAGGAAUGGAUGAGAGAGAGUUCUGCAGUGAGACUUUCCAAAGACCUUUCCAGUAUUUAAAACGGUUCUUUGCGAGACAGAACCUGGACACGUUCCAGUACCAAGGCCAGGUGGAAGGCACCCCCGGGGAAUGCCUGCAGCACCUUCUGAUUUACUGUGGGGUCAUAAACCCGUCCUGGUCCGAGCUCUGGAACUUCGCUCAGUUCCUGAACUAUCAGCUCCGAGACUGUGAGGCCUCUCUCUUCUGCAACCCGCGGAUCGUGGGAGAUACACUGAGGGGCUUCAAGAACUUUGUGGUGACCUUCAUGAUCCUCAUGGCGAGAGACUUCGCCACGCCGACUCUUCACACUUCCGACCAAAGCCCCGGGAAGCACUUGGUCACCAUGGACGGAGUCAAGGAGGAAGACAUAGCCCCUUUCUCCCUCCGGAAGCGGUGGGAGUCAGAGCCCCAUCCGUAUGUGUUCUUCAACGGCGACCACACGUCCAUGACUUUCAUCGGUUUCCACUUGCAGCCCAAUGAGAAUGGCAGCGUCGACGCCGUCGAUCACCUGAGUCGGCAGGUGAUCAAGAGGGACGUCAUGACGAUGGAGCUGUACCAGGGGCUGCUGCUUCAGAGAGUGCCCUUCAAUGUCGACUUCGAUCAGCUGCCCAGACAUGAGAAACUGGAACGACUCUGCCUGACGCUAGGGGUCCAGUGGGCCAUUGACCCGGAUGAGACCUAUGAGCUGACGACGGACAAUAUGCUUAAGAUCCUUGCCAUCGAGAUGCGUUUCCGGUGCGGGAUCCCCGUUAUCAUCAUGGGGGAAACAGGCUGUGGGAAAACCAGACUCAUUAAGUUCCUGAGUGACCUCCGGCGUAGCGGGGUUAACACUGAAACCAUGAGGUUGGUGAAGGUCCAUGGGGGGACGACGGCCGACACCAUCUACUCCAAAGUCAGGGAGGCGGAAGCUCUCGCCAUCUCGAACAAGAAUGAAUGUCAUUUGGACACGGUCUUGUUCUUCGAUGAGGCCAACACAACGGAAGCCAUAAGCUGUAUCAAAGAAGUCCUGUGCGAUCGCACGGUGGGCGGCCACCGGCUGGCUGAGGACUCCGGCUUGCACAUCAUAGCAGCCUGCAACCCGUACCGGAAGCACUCCCAGAAGAUGAUCUCGCGGCUGGAGGCGGCUGGCCUGGGCUACAGGGUGAGUGCGGAGGACACGGCAGACAGGCUCGGCUCCAUCCCCCUGAGGCAGCUGGUGUACCGGGUGCACGCCCUGCCGCCAAGCCUGAUUCCACUGGUGUGGGACUUCGGGCAGCUGAACGACGCUGCAGAAAAGCUCUACAUCGGGCAGAUUGUCCAAAGACUGGUGGACACCAGCAGCAUAGACCCACACGAGACGAGCGUGAUCAGUGAAGUGCUUUCUGCCUCUCAGGGUUUCAUGAGGAAAACAGAAAACGAGUGCAGCUUUGUCAGCCUCCGGGACGUGGAGCGCUGUGUGAAAGUCUUCAGGUGGUUUUACGACCACAGUGAGAUGCUCUUGUCGGAGCUGUAUUCCUUUCUGCGCAAGUCCAGCAUCAGCAAGAACAACUUUGAGAGAGACCCUGUUCUCUGGUCGCUGGUGCUGGCCGUCGGGGUGUGUUACCAUGCCUCUUUAGAAAGCCAGGAAUCGUAUCGGAAAGCCAUUUGCAGGUUCCUCCCGGAACCCUAUAACAACAGCAAGGUGGUGCUGGAUGAGAUCACGCUAACGCAGGAUCUGUUUCUGAGUGGUGUCCCUCUGAGGAAAACCAUCGCCAGGAACUUGGCUUUGAAAGAGAACGUCUUCAUGAUGGUUAUCUGCAUUGAGCUGAAGAUUCCACUCUUCCUGGUGGGGAAACCCGGCAGCUCCAAGUCUCUGGCCAAGACCAUCGUGGCGGACGCCAUGCAAGGCCAGGCUGCUCACUCGGACCUCUUCCGGACCCUGAAGCAGGUCCACCUGGUGUCCUUCCAGUGCAGCCCGCACUCUACCCCGCAGGGCAUCAUAGGCACCUUCAAGCAGUGUGCCCGCUUCCAGCAGGGCAAGGACCUACAGCAAUACGUGUCCGUGGUCGUCUUGGAUGAGGUCGGGCUGGCAGAGGACUCGCCUAAGAUGCCCCUGAAGACCCUGCACCCGUUGCUGGAAGAUGGGUGCAUUGAGGAUGACCCCGCCCCCCACAAGAAAGUGGGCUUCAUUGGCAUCUCCAAUUGGGCCUUGGACCCUGCCAAGAUGAACCGCGGCAUCGCUGUGUCCCGCGGCAGCCCCAACAAGAAGGAGCUCGUGGACAGUGCCAAGGGCAUCUGCUCUUCAGAGCCCCUCAUCCAGGACAGAAUCCAGGGCUACUUCAAGCCCUUCGCCAAAGCCUAUGAAACGGUGUGUAAGAACCAGGACAAGGAGUUCUUCGGGCUUCGUGACUACUACAGCCUCAUCAAAAUGCUCCUCGCCACCGCAAAGGCUUCUAAGAAGAAGCCCUCCCCGCAGGACAUCGCCCAGGCCAUCCUCCGGAACUUCAGCGGCAAAGAUGGCAUCGAUGCCCUGGACAUUUUUGCGGCCAGCCUGCCCGAGGUGAGGCUGUCAGAGGAAGUCAGCACCAUGCAGCUGAUCCGGCAGAACGUGUUCGACGACCGUCGGAAGGGGCCGGGCAGAGAGCUGGAUGACUCCGAGUGCCGCUACCUCCUUGUGCUGACCAGGAACUACGUUGCCCUGCAGAUCCUACAGAAGACGCUCUUCGGGGACGGCCAGCAGCCCGAGAUCAUUUUUGGGUCCAGCUUUCCCAGGGACCAAGAGUACACACAGAUCUGCAGAAACAUCAACCGAGUGAAAAUCUGCAUGGAGACCGGCAAGAUGGUGGUGCUGCUGAACCUGCAGAACCUGUACGAGAGCCUGUACGACGCCCUCAACCAGUACUACGUGUACCUGGGCGGCCAGAAGUAUGUGGACCUCGGCCUGGGCACCCAUCGGGUCAAGUGUCGGGUUCACCCCGACUUCCGUCUGGUCGUCAUCGAGGAGAAGGACGUUGUCUACAAGCACUUUCCCAUCCCCCUCAUUAACCGGCUGGAGAAGCACUAUCUGGACAUCAACACCGUCCUGGAGACGUGGCAGAAGAACAUUGUGGAGGAGCUCAAGGUCUGGGUGCACAAGUUCAUAGACAUGAAAGUGGAGCGGUUUGCAGCCAUACACAAAUACAGCCCUUGUGACGCCUUCAUCGGCUACCACGCGGACACCUGUGCGUCGGUGGUGCUGCAGGUCACUGAGCGGCUCAGCCCCGGGUGCCUGACUGACGACGUGUACCAGCGGGUCCUGGAGGAAGCCAAACGGACCCUGCUGGGCUGCGCCACGCCCGACGCUGUGGUCCGGCUGAGUGCGUCCUCGCUGAGCCUGUUCGAGGCACAUUCGCUGUCCCAAGAAUACUACGAUCGGCAGCAGCACGACUCCUUCGCAGACUUCCUGCAGAAUCACCUGCGCACGACGGGUCUGGAGCGCCGCGCCGUCUUCACAGAGAUCACCACCUUCUCCAGACUGCUCACCAGUCACGACUGUGAGAUGUUGGCCGUGGAAAUCAAGGGUGAGGCCCCGAAACCCACAAUCCUGUCACUGCAGCAGUUUGACACCGAGUACUCAUUCCUCCGAGAAGUCCGAAACUGCUUGACUAGCACGGCCACGCAUAAAAUCCUCAUUGUUCAAACAGAUUUUGAAGAUGAAGUUCGUAGUGCUCAGCUCAUUGCCUCAGCAAAGUAUUCUGCUAUAAAUGAAAUCAACAAGAUACAAGCAAAUACGGACUGUAUCUUCAUCUAUUUCAUCACAAAACUGUCCCGGAUGGAAAGUGGAACAUCCUACGUGGGGUUCCAUGGAGGGCUGUGGCAAUCUGUGCACAUCGACGACCUCCGGAGAUCCACAGUCAUGGUUUCGGAUGUGACGAAGCUGCAGGAGGUGACCAUCAGCCAGCUGUUUCAUCCAGAUGACACACCUGAGUCCGAGAGGACACGUGGGGCCCACGGCAGCCAUGAGGAGGUGAUGGAAACAGAGACUGAAGAACCCGGGGAAGCACCUGAGGUGGACAUGGAAACGGACUGUUCCGAGGCGAUGGAGAGCGAGGCCUCUGAGCUGUGCAGAAGCCAUACGCGCAUCCUGGACACCAGCAGCCUGCUGCGCAGCUGCGUGCAGAGUGCCGUGCGCAUGCUCCGAGACCAGCACGAGCGGGGCCAGCGCAGCGUGCGGCGGGUGGAGCUCCUGCUCGGCCUCUUAAGUGACGAGGACGAGCGCGCAGCCGCUUUCUUACAAGCAGCCAAGAUGCGCCUCCACGACCUCUUAAAGAAGCAGGAAGACAGCUACCUGUUCAAUGUAAAGCAGUGGGUGGUGAGGGAGGCCUCCAACCCCGACGCUCUCCAGGAGGCGGGCACGUUCAGGCACACCCUCUGGAAGCGUGUCCAGGGCGCCGUGACCCCUCUGCUGGCGAGUUUGGUCUCUGUCAUUGACAGAGACGGCAACCUGGAGCUGCUGACCAUGCCGGACUCUCCACCCUGGGUCAGAGACCUGUGGAUGUUUAUUUUCUGUGACAUGAAGCUUCUGAACGUUCCCCUCAUGGAGAACACCGCAAGAUCCAAAAGUGAGAUGUCCUACAUCCUGGUGCACCACCACAUGGACCUGCCGGAGAAUGUCUACAACAAAGUCCCUUUCAGCUGGAGAAUCAGGGACUACCUGGAAGAGCUGUGGGUCCAGGCUCAGUACAUCACAAACGCUGAAGGACUGUCAUGCAGGCUCGUGGGCAUCUUCCAGCAGACUCCCCUGGGCAGGUUCCUCGCCAAGCUCGGCGUGGAGCAGCAGCGGGAGCUCCUGCAGUGUUACAUGAAGGACUUCCUCGUCAUGACCAUGAAGGUGUCCCCUGGGAUAGAGUUGGAGUUUCUGCAGAUGGCUCUGUGGUCCUGCAUCAAUCAGCUGAAAGCAGGAAGCCCAGAGGAAGAGAGCUCCUUGCCGUGGGUACACCUUGCCUUCCAGCAUUUCGGAGUCCGGCUCCAGAACUUCUCCAGAAUUUUUACCAUCUACCCCCCAAUUCUGGACAGCCUAACUGCAGCCGUCACGGACUUGGCAGGAUGUGAGAUGAAUCUGGAUGUGUUUGCUGCAAUGGCCUGCGCUGAGCAGCUGACAAGGGACCUCCUAAAGCCCAGCCCCCAGGCUUGGCUGCAGAUGGUGAAGAACCUCUCUAUGCCCCUGGAGCUCCUGUGGUCUGACGGGUACCUCCCGGCCCACGCGGACAGGACCAGAGCCAUCGCCAGAGAAGUCAGAGCCCACUGGAAUCGCAUUUUCUCCAUCGCGCUCUUCGUGGAGCAUGUGCUCCUGGGGACCAAGAGCCAGAUGCCCGAGUUGUGCGAGCUGGUGACUGAGUAUGUCUUCUUACUGGACAAGUGUCUGCAAGAGAACUCUGACCUGAAGACCUACAGGCCUUUUGACGCCGUGAUGACUACUCUUCGUAAAUGCAAGGAAAAGGCCAGCAAGACCUUCACCCGGUACGGGGUUCAGCCGUGCCCCAUCUGCCUGGAAGACGCGCAGGACCCUGUCUCCCUGCCCUGUGACCACGUCUUCUGCCUGGGCUGCGUCAGAAUCUGGCUCACUGUGGGGCAGAUGAGGUGCCCCUUGUGUUUAACCGACUUGCCAGACAGCUUUUGUCUUAAGGUUUCUCAAGAGAACAGGAACGCCAUUGAGAAGCACGCCCGCUUCCGAAAGAUGUGCACGAGUUUCUUUGUGGACCUGGUGUCCACCAUGUGCUUCAAGGAUAGCUCGCCACCACAGAAGGACGUGGUCGAGGCCCUGCUGGCCUUACUCUUCAUAAAAAAGAGGCUCUUAGAUCCUUCCCAGAUUUCAGAAUGUCGUGAACACACCAAGUCUCUCUCUCCAUUCAGCGACGACGUCGUGGAUAAGAAUCCUGUCAUCCGCUCCGUGGUCCUGAAGCUGCUUUUGAAGUACAGCUUCCAUGAAGUAAAAGAUUACAUUCAGGCUUACUUGUCCCAGUUAGAAAAGAAAACAUUCAUGACUGAAGACAAAACGGAACUGUACAUUCUCUUCAGCAGCUGUCUGGAGGAUUCGAUCCAUGAGAAGAAUAGUGCUUUCUCCACGAGCGAUGAACUGAAGUACCUACGGGACGAAGGUCACUUCCUUAGCACUUACUCGUCAGGGAGACAUGGCCACCCAGCCCCUAACGAGGCUUCAGUCGAAUACCUGCGAGACACGGCCAGGAUCCGCCUCUGCCUUGACCGGGCAUCUGACUUCCUCUCUGAGCUUCAGGGUGGUUCAGAGAUGGCCCAGGAGAAGCAGCAUUAUCUGCAGCGGGUUGAGCACUUCUGCACCCAGGUGAAGAACGACUGGUACCGAGUGUACCUGAUGAGGAAGCUGACGAGCCAGUGCGGCAUGGAGUUCGUGCAGAGUCUCACCCAGCAGGGCCACCCGGCUCAGUGGGUGUUUCCCCCACAAGUCCUUGCACUGCAGAGGGAUCAUCCGAGCCAGAUGGACCGGUACCUGGUGCAUGGACCUGAGUACAAGGCUCUCCGUGAGGCCGUGGGCAAAGCCAUCCUGGAGGGCAAGCCCCAGGCGAUUAUGACAGCUCUGGAGGCCUGCAGGAGCUCCACGACGCAACAGGCGGUCCACUUCCUGUUAGCACUUUAUAGAGAGGUGGCCACGCUGUACCGGUCUCACAACGCAAACCUGCACCCUACGCCAGAGCAACGUGAGGCUGUGAACAAGUUCAUUGAGGAAAGCAAGAUCCUGUCUCCUGACCUGAGACGCUUUGCAACGUCCCUUGUGACCAAUACUCUGCCACUGCUGAGGACGGGUCCCGGUGGCAGCAGCCUUGAAGGCACAGUGACAGAAAUGGCUGUUCACACUGCAGCCGUCCUUCUCUGUGGACAAAGCCAGCUCUUGGAACCCCUGAAGAACUUGGCCUUCUUCCCAGCCAACAUGGCGAACGCUUUUCUUCCAACAAUGCCUGAAGACUUGCUAUCUCAAGCUAGGAACUGGACGGGGCUGGGAGGAUUCCGCUGGUACACGUGUCCCAACGGUCACCCGUGCGUUGUAGGAGAGUGCGGUAUGCCUAUGGAACAGAGCUCCUGUGUGGACUGCGGCGUCCGAAUCGGAGGCUUAAACCACAGACCCGAGGAAGGAUUCACUCAAGUCCAAAACAACACAGACAGAACUCAGACUGGCCACGUCCUGGGAAAGCCGCCCCCCAGAGGCGAUGCGGUGGUAUCUGACCGAGGGCUGUCCCCCGUGGCCUUUCUUCUCAUCCGGUUACUCACUCACCUGGCUAUGCUUUUGGGAGCCACCCAAAGUCCCCAGGCUCUGCUCGGCAUCAUUAAGCCUCGGGUGACGGAGCCGAGAGAGUUUCUGCAGCAGCACAUCCAGAGGGACCUGGAGCAGCUAAUGCAGACCCUGGGCAAGAGCGCUGACGACACGGGCAGCACCGUGCACCACAUCCUGUGCCGUCUCCUCCAGGAGCAGCGCCACCUCUCUGACCAGAGUAACGCGGGAACUCCAAAUUUAGUUAUAAACUUGUCAACCAAAGAAAAUAGAAACUGCUGGGAAAAGCUUGUGGAGAGAAUUAUUUUACCUGAACUAGAGGAUCUCGAUAAAACACUCCUGACGGUCAAUGCCCUAAUCAGCCGCGAUGAGCGGAUCAGCUCCAACCCCGUGGCCAAGGUCGUACUCGGUGACCCGGCGGCCUUCCUGCCCCAGCUGCCCCAGAACAGCGUGGUCCACAGCUCGAAGAUGUGGAGCUGCAGGCAGAGAAUCUCCGUGGAGUAUUUGCGGCACGUCGUGGAGCAGAAAAACGGCCGAGAAGCCGUGCCCGUCCUCUGGAAGUUCCUGCAGAAGGAAGCAGAGCUGAGACUGGUGAGCUUCUUGCCUGAGCUUCUGGCCCUGCAGAAGACUCUGGUGAAGCGAUUCCAGAAUGUGUCAGAAACCGAGUACCGGUCCAUCAGGGGUUUUAUUAGCAGUCACACUUCAGACGGGCUGAAGCAGUUAUUCCUCAACAGAAUCACUGUCUUUCUGACGACGUGGAACAAGCUGAGGAGGUCACUGGCCACCAAUGGUGAAAUCAAGCUUCCUAAAGAAUACUGCAGCAUUGACCUCGACCUGGACGCUGACUUUGAGGUCAUUCUGCCCCGUCGCCGGGGCCUGGGCCUCUGCUCCACUGCCUUGGUCAGCUAUCUGAUUAACCUGCACAACGAAAUGGUCUGCACGGUGGAGAAGUUCUCCAAGGAAAACAACAGCUUCUCCGUUGACGCCUCCGAGGUGGCUGAGCUGCAUGUCAUCAGUUACGAGGUGGAGCGGGACCUGACCCCUCUGAUUCUCUCCAACUGCCAGUACAAAGUGGAGCAGGGCGGAAAGAGCCUGCAGGAGUGUGACCUGGAAAAGAUCCAGCGUCAGCUGACCAGCCGCUUCCUGCAGGGCAAACCCCGCAUCACGCUCAAGGGCCUCCCCACGCUGGUGUACAGACGUGACUGGAACUAUGAGCACCUCUUGAAGGACGUUAGGGACAAGACGCCACAGAGCCCCCUCCCCAACACGGCCAUCAACGCCAUCAGCGGGCAGCUGCAGUCCUACAGUGAUGCCUGCGAAGCCUUGUCCCUCAUAGAAGUCACUGUGGGGUUUCUGAGCACGGCCGGCGAGAACCCCAACAUGGACUUGAAUGUGUACAUCCAGGACGUGCUGCGGAUGGGCGAUCAGACCGAGCAGGUUCUAAAGGCCUUACACCGAUGUCAGCUAAGGCACGCUGUUGCCCUCUGGCAGCUCCUGUCUGCUCACAAGUCUGAGCAGCUGCUGCGACUGAGAAAAGAGCCAUUUGGAGAGAUCAGUGUGAAGUACAGAGUCGACCUCAGCCCUGAACACGCGAAGCUCCUCAGCACGUUCCUGAACCAGGUCAGCCUGGACCCCUUCCUCCUGGAGCUCCAUGAAAUGAUGACCUUAAAACUGAGGAACCCCCAAACCGAGGAGGAUUUCAAUCCCAACUGGAGCCUGAGAGACACUCUGGUAAGUUACAUGGAAACUAAGGAGAAUGAUAUUCUCCCCGAAAUGGAAUCGCAGUUCCCAGAAGAGAUACUGCUCGCCAGCUGUGUCCCUGUGUGGAAAAUGGCGGCUGCACUGAAACGGGAUCGGCAGACGAGGUAGAAUGGCCUCUGCAGCACUGUCUCUGCCCAAGGCUUGGGGAGUCCCGCCUUGGGUCCCCCCACCCACUGUCGUCUUCGUGCCUGCUUGGAGGGAAAGCUGUCGGCACCGCUCUAGACUUGGGACCAAGAUGUGCUUGCUGUGCGCCGACAGCUUUUGGAAAGGCCAGCUGUUUCAGGAAUGAUGUAUUUUCCAGAACUUUCUCACCAUAUGAUGAAUACUGGUCACUGGGAGGUGACAACUGGAGGUCACAAGAAGUGGCAAUAAAUCGCCAUCCUUUAUGUUCCAUCGAAGAGCAGAAAAGUUACCUGUCCCCUUCACACAUUGGAGUGGCCUGUCUUGAGGCCUCUAGCCUCUACCAGGGACACACCCUGCCACCAGCCUUGUCUGCCUCAGACCACUACGUAGUGACAAGAAGGGAAAACGGGGUUACUCAUGUUUGCUUUUCUUUUUUUCUCUCCUUAUUUUGCACUCACAGAAGAGAAUCUGGCUUUCUUCUUUCUUCCAUUCCUUUCAAUUCUGAGCAUUGUACAAAUCCUGCUAGUUUCCCAAGAAGAUGUAAAAAAGUGCCAGAUCUUUGUCUUCUCACAUGUCAGGGCAUUCCGUGAGGAACAGAACUUGAAGCCAAACUAACAAGACGUCUCCCAGGCCCUGUAAUGAAUCACUGCCGCCUUUUCAGGGGCUAGAGCCAAAAUGCUCUGGUGAAGAGCACUGCAUCGAGACUCCCGGGCACUUUCAGGGUCUUAGUUUCCUCGUCUAUAAAAUGAAGGGACUGGA